AAGGCUACAGCAAAACCUCCUGGACUCCUUUUUAUCUGCAUUAAGUGGGAUCUGUACUCCAUCAGCAGAGCUUUUUAACCCACUGGCGGAUUAACAGGCUGUUAACUAAGCCAUGCAAACACGCAGGGUCACGAGGAAAUAGAGUAAAGAGCAAUACCUCAGAAAGGUUUUGGACUGUCCAGUGAAGGAUCUUUAAUCAGCUGUGUGUGGGUUGGUGUGUGGAUGCUUGGAUCUCCAAUAAUGCACUCAAGGAUCCUGCUUUUGGUCGGGUGCUGGACACUCUGCUGGGCACCAGUGGCCUGGACCAGUACGAUGGACAGCAUGACAAAAGAUCAGCAAACUGUUACUGAAGGGCUGGAAGGAAAUGGAGCAAUACUGGAGGAUGAAAUGGACAACCAGGAGAAUAUUUUAACACAGCUCCUCGGUGACUACGAUAAGGUGAAGACCCUGUCGGAGGGGCCGGACUGCCGCUGUAAGUGUGUGGUCAGGCCACUGAGCCGGAGCGCCUGUCAACGCAUUGAGGGAGGGAACGGGAAGCCCGAGGACGUUUACACAGUGGAGACGGUGACAGGAGGAUCCAACUGCAAGAAGUGCUUGUGCAUCGCCCCUCCCUCAGCCCUGAACCCCUGCGAGGGGGACUUUAGGUUUAAGAAGCUUCAGGAGGCAGAGAACCGUGAUGUCAAGCUUUCUACCAUAAUGGAUUUGCUCGAGGGAGCCUUCUAUGGAAUGGAUCUGUUGAAGCUGCACUCAGUCACCACAAAGCUUCUGGAGCGCGUAGACAACAUAGAAAAGUCAUUUUCCGUAAAUCUGACAAAGGAGCGAGGGAGCUUGAAAGGAGAGAAAGGGCAGGCGAAGGGGUCACGCGCCCACCAACGGCUGGAGAAGAAAAGGCGUCUGAGCGAGCUGGAACCUUCACUGCAGAAGAAAGUGGCUGCAGCCUUCUCACACACGGAGAAGAAGUAUGAGGAGAAGUUUGUUGGUGUUCAGGGCUCCAGCAGGCCGCUGCUGAAGAGGAGUCACUCUGAAGGCCCAAAGGAGCAGAAACCUGCCAAGACCAAAACGGGACCUAACGGGAUGAGCGUCAGGAGCGUGACCUUCUAUAAAGCUGAUACUGAAGAAGAUGAGGAUGCAGAACAGAAUGCAGCGACGGAUGAUUUCCUGAGUGGGGACGGUUCAGUGGAUCUAAUAAUAGAAGACCAGAUCCCCAAGCAGCAGCACACUCCUCCUACUCCGGCCACAGGCCCUUUAACCACAGCCACCACGGCUCCUGAACCCAAACCAAGCGCCAGCUCACAGAACAUCAACAAACCAGCUGAUCCUCUGGACAGACCAACCACCACGAAUCUGCUCACCGUGACAAAGCAGCGGCCUAAACUGGAGACAGACAAAACCGAGGAGACAACUACAACCAGCUCCACAGUGUCGGUCGCCUUGACAACCUCAACCACCAUCACCGCGCAGCCGGCGGCCACCAACAAAGCAGCAUCCAUCACUGCCCCUCCUACAGUGCCAAAACCACCACCCAACUCAACUGCUCCCGCCAAAAAGCACAAAUCCCGCCUCACCUGGGACGAGGGACCUGCUGCAGCAACCACAGUGGCUCCAAAGAACUCUGGUGUAUGCAAGGACACUCUAGCAACUAUUGGUGAUCCUGUGACACACAACACAUUUGGUCGCAACGAAGGUGCCUGGAUGAAAGAUCCAAAAGGAAAUGGCAACGUCAUCUAUGUCACAAACUACUACUAUGGCAGCAACCUGCUGGAAUUCCGUGAUAUGGACGCAUUUAAACAAGGACGUUUUACCAACUCCCACAAACUCCCCUACGACUGGAUUGGUACAGGUCACGUGGUCUACAGCGGAGCUUUCUACUAUAAUCGUGCCUUUUCUCGCGACAUCAUCAAAUUUGACCUCCGUCUACGCUACGUUGCUGCCUGGACCAGUCUGCAUGAUGCUGUGUAUGAGGAAGAGGAGGAGGAGACCCCCUGGAGGUGGAGAGGACACUCAGACAUUGACUUUGCUGUGGAUGAAAGUGGCCUGUGGAUGGUGUACCCAGCCCUGGACGAAGAAGGUUUAUACCAGGAGGUGAUUAUGCUGAGCAAGAUGAACCCAACCGACCUGCAGAAGGAGAACACCUGGAGGACAGGCCUGAGGAGGAAUCACUAUGGCAACUGCUUUGUCAUUUGUGGAGUCCUUUAUGCUGUGAACAGCUACGACCGCAUGCAUGCUAACAUCUCCUAUGCCUUCGAUACGCAUACGCACACACAGAUGGUGCCAGGACUUCCCUUCAUAAACAACUACACCUACACCACACAAAUUGACUACAACCCAAAGGACCGCAAGCUGUACUCAUGGGACAAUGGCCAUCAAGUGACCUAUGAUGUGAUUUUUGCCUAUUAAUUACUGUCAUAUAAGUUACCUAGAAUACUGUUCAGCACUUUUUGUAUAAAAUAGCGUUUUUAUAAGUCUGAGUGGAUUGUAGAUCAGUCUACGUGUCAAUGUGUCUUUUUUUUUAAAACAUGCCACUAUUUUGAUUGUUUGUCCAGCUGUCAUGUGUAAAGUGCAUGUCUGUCUUGUGUGCGAUGUUCACAGAGGUGUUAAUGACAAAGUUUAUAUCAUAACUGCUUACAAUGUAUAUGACUGUUGUAUAUAAUGUAGUAUAUUUAAAAUAAAUCGUUUGACCACUUUAA